AUGGGUGAGUUCGGGAAUCUUAGGAGGGACCUUCGGGUGGAUGUGGAAAGGAGCGAGGAGACCAGUUUGCUGGGCAGCGGGGCAUUCGGCGAAGUCAGGAAAGGACUUGCUGUUGUUGAAGGAGUGCGGAGACCUGUCGCCGUGAAGUAUGCAAACAGGCUGCAUCCAAGGGAAGCGAGAAAAUCGUUCGACAAUGAGCUCAGGGUGUAUGACAGCUUGUACGAGCACUGCAAGCACCCACGUAUCCUUGAGUGCUUCGGCGGUAACUUGGGAGUUGAGGAUUCUGACGAGGAAGACGACCAGACUGUGGACAAAAUGUUCAUUGUGCUGGAGCUGAUGGACAUGAGCCUACGUGAUCUGAUUUACGAACCUGAGCAUGCCGACCAUAGGAACUACCGCACAAUCCUGCUCGUCUGCGCACAGAUUGCAGAGGGAUUGGAAUUUCUGCACCACAACAGAAUCGUUCACUACGACAUCAAGCCUUCCAACGUACUGAUAACAGAGAAGGAUGGUGCGCAGUUCCAUGGAAGGGCCUGCAGGUUUGUGGUGAAGCUGGCAGACUUUGGGCUGUCCAAAAUGAGGAUGCAAAGGUCGACUGCAGCCAGUUUCAAGGGCCAGGUUGGCUACAUGGCCCCAGAAAUUUUCAUGUCCCUGCACUUCAGGGGAAAGCGAGCCACUGACAAGGUGGAUGUCUACUCACUUGGCGUGCUCAUCUGGGAGUUUGUGAUGCAGAAGGACCGUUUGAGCGAGUCCAUGGGUGAGUCCAUAGAGAGUGUGCCCUCUCCAGCCAGUGACAAUCUGAGUGAGUCGGACUGCUACUUGGGCAGCUCCAGGUUCACCAUGCCAAAGAGUGUCCCAAAGGAUCUCAGGGACUUGAUUGGGAAGUGUGUUGAAUACAGACCAGACACCCGUCCUGCCUGCUCUGAGGUUCAGGGAACUCUGUUGAAGCUGGCUGAUGAGCCAUGGGCGCUCAGGACCCCUGCUGAUCUUGCCGAUGCAGAAGACUUGCAAGGACAGGCUGCAGUAUCAAUUGCAGACUCAGCAAUGGAUAGACAUCAAGAGGGCCCACCUGAGGCAUGCCUCCCCCGCAUCAACUUGCAGAUCGAGGUUGAGUAUCCUGACAGGUGCAGCGAGGCGAGCAGCCUGGUGGGCGGAGGUCCAUACAGCGUUGUCGAGAAGGGGGUGUGCAAGGACGACUCAGCAAAAGGGCACCGUGUCAUUGUGAAGCAUGCCAAAGUGGUGCAAUACCGGGACCUGUUCAAGCACGAGCUUGAGAUGUUCAGCCGCCUUCCAGAGCACCCAAACAUUGCAAGGUGCUAUGGUGGGUCGCUCGGCCAGGGCAAUGGCAGCGAGCCAGGCGCAGAUCGCGACAUAUUCAUCGUCAUAGAGGAGUUGGGGCAAAGCUGGGAGGCAUUCCUCCUCGAUAACACGGUCAAGGUAAAGGGCGGCAAGGUCAUCAGGUCAGACACCAGAUAUUUUACGAUGCUCAAGGCCUUCCAUGAUGUCGCCUCUGGCCUGAGACACUGCCACGACAACAGCAUUAUUUACGGCAAUCUAAACCCGCAGAAUGUGCUUCUCAACAAGGAGGGCUGUGCAAAGCUCACCAGCCUGAUGUUCUCCAGGUUUUUCUCGGACUGCUACAGCAGCUUCCACCCCGAAAUUGCAGUGGUGUCGCCGGAGCUGCUGCUCGGCAGGUAUCACAGGUACCAGGAGUUCACCGAGAAGAUGGACAUCUUCGCCCUUGGCGCCUUCAUGUGGGGCAGCCUGGAGAUAGACGCGCAGGCAAUCGACCAGGUGCUGAGACCACCCAGAGAAACUGACAACGGGCAAGAGCAGCAGGGCUGCUCUGGCCUGGCCUUGAGUGAACAUUACCCUGACGAACUCAGGGCCCUGAUCCUGAACUGCACAGCGAUUUUGCCCACAUCCCGGCCCAGCUGCCAAGAAGUCGUGGGCUCUUUGGAGCGCAUGCUGGUGUCGACGUGGGUCCAAAACCCGGUGUUCAAGAUCGAUGUUCAAGGCGUGAGCACGGUGCCGUGGAUAUGCGCAACUCCAACUCGACGGUUCAUAAAAAACCGGGCGGUGAAGGAGAACACUGUGCACACCUGGUUCGCACAGACGCUGAAAGUACUGGAUCGGUUUCUGGGCUACGCUUAG